AGCUAACCCCAGCCAAUUCCACGCUCCUGAAACUAUAGAUCAAGCUGAGUUAUUGAUAAAUGAAGGUGCCGUUUGCAUGACUCCGGGUAGAUUCUCUCGAUCUCUGUUGUUGCUGUAACCUCUCGAGUCUAUCACAUAAAGCUUGUCAUAUUAUUUGGAGCAGAUACUGAUUGCAUCUUUCAUUAAGAUAUGGGGAUUUUGGGGUCAGAAGAGAGCAUGAGGGUGGAGUUGGAGGAACUCCGGCGGAUGUUGGUGGCUUGUGCAGGCCUGCAAAGGAGGAAAGAUGAGGAACAAUUCAAAGGAGUACGUGUUUCCUCCAUGGGUAUGGACAUCGAUGAUGCAGACAAGUUGGUCUGUGUCACCAGUGGUGUCUCUUAUUUAGGUCUUGCUAUUGUUAACAAGCUUUUGGUUGGUGGCUACUCCGUCCGGAUUAUUGUUGAAAAUCAAGAGGACAUAAAUAAGUUGAGGGAGAUGGAAAGCUCAGGAGAGAUGAUGACAGGUAACAAUAACCUAUCAGCAGUUAUGGCGAAGUUAACUGAGAUUGAAAGCUUAACAGAAGCAUUCCAGGGGUGUCGUGGCGUCCUUCACACCUCUGCAUUCACCGACCCUGCUGGACUUUCCGGCUAUACAAAAUCAAUGGCCGAGAUAGAAGUAAAGGCCUGCGAGAAUGUGAUGAGAGCAUGCGCAAGAACACCAUCGGUAAGAAAGUGCGUUCUGACAUCCUCGCUCUUAGCUUGCGUCUGGCGGGGAAACAACCAGUGUGAUCUCUCCCCUGUGGUUAACGAUGACUGCUGGAGUGAUGUAUCAUUCUGCACAGAAAAAAAGCUGUGGUAUUCCUUGGGUAAGCUGAGGGCAGAGAAGGCCGCAUGGAGAGUAGCCAAGGAGACGGGGCUAAAACUGGCCACCAUAUGCCCAGCUCUCGUUACUGGUCCGGAAUUUUGUCCUAGAAAUCCAACGGCAACAAUUGCUUAUCUUAAAGGCGCACAAGAGAUGUACGCCAACGGCACGCUGGCAACUGUGGGUGUAAGCAAAUUGGCAGCAGCAGAAGCAUGCGUUUAUGAGGCAAUGGACAAGAAUGCAGGCGGCAGAUACAUUUGCUUCGAUGAUGUUGUUGACAGAGACAGAGCAGAAAAGUUAGCACGGGAAGCGGGGGUGCCAACAAACAAGAUCUGCGGGAAUUCAGAUUCCGAAGAUGUUCAGGCUCGGUUUCGGUUGUCGAAUGACAAGCUUUCUACUCUCAUGUCAAGAACACUCCGAUGUUGUUAUGGUGAAUGCUAAGAGAUCGAAUUACGUCCCUUUUCAAGUCACCCACUCACUCACUUUAUUCAUAUUAAUUAGACGUGCACAUCUUUGGGAGAGAAUGACAGUCCAACAUAGUUUUUCGCAAAUUUGCAGUUGCUCUCAACUAUUCUCUUUCGAAGUAAAAAGUUGUUUUUCAGUA